AUGGGGAAGAGCUAUGAUAAAUCUGGUGGAGGCGUUGCAGGGAAAGUCUGGGACUUUUGCUGGUCAGGCCCAUUCCGCGGGUUCUAUGCCGGUGGUGGGAGAGGUUAUGAUAUGAACACUCCCACCGUGAAUGCCACUUUCACACCGUCUCUUGACCAAAGCGCUUGGGAGAAAUUAAGUCAGUUCGAUGGAUCAUUGCAACAAACCCGUUUCAAACCCAACGACCCUAUUGCUACUCCACAGCAGCCAGAGAACGACUGGGUACUGGUGAAAAAUCAAAAAGAUUUCGGCGCGAGCAGCCCGUCUUAUCUGCCCCGUAGGGUUGUCCGGCGAAAUGGCAUCACGCACCCUAGCGGACCACGAAGACCAGCUGCCAGAGUAACACCGAAAAGGCCCAGCUUGAUCCCCGUGAGAUCCUCCUCUUCACUGUCUCAUCAACAAGCGUCCCCUCAACAUCUUUCCACCAGUUCUCCCGUCAGUAGCAACCUCCCAAGGACACCAAAAGAGAGCCCGUUGGCUCUCGAUGCCCAAAGAUACGCUGCAAAGAUACGCCGCAGAGAAAAAGAAGAAGAUGCAAGCAUUCGUCGACUCAACCAACAGCUAAAAGCCAUGAUUCGGGAAGGAAAGGAGGCGCUAGGGACGAAAAUCGAGAUUGACGAAGCCAUGGAUGUGGAUGACUUUUAA